CAUGGCAACCUCUCUCAGACCCCAAGGAGACCCAUGGCCCCACAUUUCUUUUGGAGAGACCCAAGAGCCUUCGCCUACUUCAGCCAGGCACUCUGGAGCCUCAGGAACAACGCUUCACCUUUGACAGAGUGCUGGGCCCCGGCGCUGCUCAGGAAGCAGAGCAGGAGCUAUUGACACAAGUCCAACCCAUGCUGGCCUCUGUGGGACAAGGGUAUAAUACAACCCUCCUGCUUCAGGGCCAGGAAACAGAGGCACCCAGGUUUGUGCCACAGAGGUUGUUGCAUAGCACAGACUAUGAAAGGCUGUGUUCAGCUUCCCCUUACUUUAGGGUGGUGAAAGAUGCCAGUGAAGUGGAAGUGUCUGAUGCCCAAGCUGCCUCUGAGAUGUACCUAAAGGCUGCUGGGGGUGAAGGCAGAGACUGCCCCCUGCUGCAAGUACUGGCUGGUGCGGCUGCUGGUGAGGAGGUGGAGGGCUCUCUGCCUUGGAUCAUCUCCUGGCUCCUGGAAGCAAACAGCUACAGAGGUGUACUUCUUCGUCUGGACCCCCGAGGUAGCUCCCUGAGUUUGCUCCAGAAUGCUUUGUUGGGGGCCUCAAGAAAGAGGAUGCAGGUGAAUGAUGUGAAGCCCACCCUAUGGAAUGCAGUAGAGGAGAUGAGGGCCCGCAGGGCCACCCUAAAGAUGCUGCGCUUAGGCCUUCUUGGAGACGCCUUGACAGACAGUGGGUUGAACCAACUAGGAAGGGCACUCUGGGAACUACAGGUUGUAAAAGCCUGGGGCCCAAGAAGCCACACCCACAAAGGGGCAAGGGAUGAGACUGUGAGGCUCCUUGAACCCCAGGUUAAAGGCGAGCCACUGAACUACUGUAAGCAGGGAAGACACUCUGCUCAUUUGUCAGAGGCAGGAAGAAGAGGAUUUCUAGGGUCUGGGCUCCGCCUAAAGCAUCCCCUUGGGCACUGUGAGGAACAGGCCCAUCAGGUCCCAGAUGUGGCCCUGCAGUUCUCUCUGGCCCAGGCCCGGAGGCAGAGACUUCGAGAGGAACACCAGAUGAGGAUCCAGGAAGAGCUGAAACAUUUGGAACACCGGAAGGAAGUGGCCUGUGAACAGAUCAAAGGCACCGUGGCAGAAGAGGCUUGCAUGGGGAGAGAGAGUCAACGUAAGGAGCAGGCAGUGCUAAAACUUCAGGUGGAAGCCCUGCAGGCAGAACGGGAUGUGGCAGAGCAAGAUCUGGUGGUCCUAUAUGACUUGUAUGUACAGGCCACCCGUGCUCGGACGUGCCACUUGCUGCAGGUAUUCCAAGCAUGGCAGAGGAUGUGGGAGGAGAAAGCCAUGGUCACAGAGCAUCACUACCGCAGUCUGCUGGCUGGCAUCCUCCAAGGCUCCAUUGAUCUGGCCUUGAAGAAUCAACAACUCCAGGCCCAGAACCAGCAGCUUGAGCAGAGUGCAGACAGGGCCAGCCGUGCUGGAGUCCUGCCUGGAGAGACAUCUGAUCCACAACACUCCAGGGCUACCUUCCUUUGUCCUCAUUCAUGA